AUGACUUUACUGGCAGGGGAUGGUUCCGAUUACGACUACAGCGCUCUAAGUUGUACCUCUGACACCUCUCUGAACCCUCCACCAUUCCAGGAGAAAGAGGCCCUAAAGGGUGUCUAUUAUAAAAGGGCACAACGACUCCCUCCAAUUGACCCCAACACUAGCACUGACGCAGCUUAUCCCGCCAAUGACGCCAACUUGCCGUCAGGUGCCCAGCGGCUGCAUGUCAUCAUCAAUGUUGGCGGUCUCCGUUACCAGCUUCCCUGGACCACACUGGAGGACUUCCCACUCUCACGGCUGGGUCAGUUGUGCCUGUGCAGCAGCUUUGAUGAGAUCAUGCGGGUAUGCGAUGACUAUGACGUCGUUCACAAUGAGUUCUUCUUUGAUCGCAGUCCCUGCGCCUUUCGGACCAUCCUUACCUUCCUACGCGCUGGGAAGCUGCGAUCCCUGCGUGAGAUGUGUGCUUUGUCAUUCCAAGAAGAGCUGCUCUACUGGGGCGUUCCGGAAGAAAGCUUGGAAUGGUGUUGCCGUCGACGACUUCUGCAGCGUGUGGAGGAGUGUGAUGAGCUAGAGCAGGAGGAAGAAGAGGAGGAGGAGGAUGAAGAUGACAGUAAAACUGGCUUAGCCAGGGAAUCCCAGCUCAGCCACUGUAUGGAAAAACUAAGAGACAUGGUGGAGAAGCCUCACUCUGGCUUGCCAGGAAAGAUCUUCGCCUGCUUGUCAGUCCUGUUUGUCACGAUAACAGCUAUCAACCUGUCCAUAAGCACCAUGCCUGCUAUGAGAGAGGAAGAGGAGACCGGAAAAUGCUCUCAGAUGUGCUACAACAUCUUCAUAGUGGAGACGGUUUGUGUGGCCUGGUUCUCGCUGGAGUUCACUCUGCGCUUCAUCCAAGACCGCAGCAAGCUGGCCUUCCUCCGGCAGCCCCUCAACCUGAUCGAUGUCAUCGCCAUUCUGCCCUACUACAUCACGCUGGUGGUGGACAGCACCUCUGGGGAGAAACGGCUGGGCUCGGGAAGCAGUUACCUGGACAAAGUCGGCCUUGUGCUGCGCGUACUGCGUGCGCUGCGCAUCCUGUACGUAAUGCGCCUCGCGCGGCAUUCUCUUGGACUUCAGACACUCGGUUUGACCGCGCGCAGGUGUACGCGCGAGUUCGGCUUGCUGCUUCUCUUCCUUUGCGUUGCCAUAGCGCUUUUCUCACCACUCCUCUACCUGAUUGAAAACGAGGCUGCGGCCACGCGAGAGUUCAGUAGCAUACCUGCCACCUAUUGGUGGGCAGUCAUCACCAUGACAACAGUUGGUUACGGGGACAUGGUGCCGCGCAGCAUUCCCGGACAGGUGGUUGCUCUCAGCAGCAUCCUCAGCGGGAUUUUACUCAUGGCGUUCCCCGUCACCUCCAUCUUCCACACGUUCUCACGGUCCUACGUGGAGCUCAAACAGGAGCAGCAGCGACUGCUGCAGCGGAGAACUCACUUUCUAUUGCGCAGCCGCAUUGCAGGUCUCGGCAGCAACCUGUCAUUGGAGAGUGACGUGCUCUUCCCGAGCGUCUCGUCUGACCACAGAAACCGAGAGGAAUAAUAAAGUAAAAGUGUUGUUCACAAAACUAUGAACCAGA